ACAACAUACAUUCAUUCCAUUAGAACUGGCCGAAAAAGAAGAAAGAUACUAUAACUUUUCAGAGCGUAUAUAUAGUGACCUUCUUGGUGGCAUAUGUAUCUGGAUGAUAUCCAUUAUGGAGCUGUUACAUUCGUUAUCUUCUAUUUUCGAUCUGAAUGCUGAUAUUUGAAUUUGUCCUCAAAAUAUGCGGUAUAUCACAAAUUAUUUCUGGGACAGUCCCUGUAUCAUGCAAAAGUCUCCAAAAUUCGUGUUUUAUUAUAAAAGUCUCUCUACUCUCUACAUCGACGGCCAUCUGCAGGACUUCAAUGCGCUGAGCAACUACCUCUCAGCCUUGGGGGAGGAGGAGUUCCUUGAGUCAAAAUCCGAUUUUCAUUUGUUGGUUUACCUGCACAAGAUGGACAUGUUUCCACUGCGCCAGCACAUGGCGCCACUCUUGGAGGCGAUGCGCAACAAGAAUCCAAUAAAGGCGGCCGAUUUCAAGGGCGAAGAAGUCUGGAAACUGCUCGAGUCGCUAAUUCAGGCCAUUUCCAGUGGCAGCGGUUUUAUCUACAGUGGCAGCACCAGCUACCCCAGUGGUGCAGCGGCCAGCGGUGGCGGCGCAGGUGCCGAUGCCAUGGACUUGGAUGCCAACACUUGGACCUGCAACCAUUGCACGUUUAUCAAUCGGGGCGAACUUACUUCCUGUAAGAUAUGCUCAUUGUCCAGAUAAGAAGGUCUUAUAGUGUCGAAAGGAAAUGCCCAUUCAAAAUUUAUGGUGUAUAAGAAAAUAAAGAUUCAAUCGAACUAGUAACAGAUGGAAGUAUGUCCGACCUUUCAAAGAACGUCGUGCGUUCUAUAAAUAAGUAAAACUAUAUAAGAAUUUUAUAAAAUAUA